CCAUGGAUCUGCUUUAAAUCACUCAGAAGACAACGCAAGCACAGCGCUACACAUCUACGCAUCCUUCCAUUUCUUAAAUUAGCCACCUUAAGCUUCGAGAUACCGCCCCCAAUUUCAGUGUCGGUACGGAGCCGCCAGGCCGGGACAGAGACGGAGAGAGAUCCCUCGGCCAUGGAAGCGCUCGGACCCGGCCCGCCUGCCCCUCCCUCCCUCUUCCAGCCACCGCGCCGGCCCGGAUUGGGUACGGUGGGGAAGCCGAUUCGCCUGCUGGCCAAUCACUUCCAGGUGCAGAUCCCCAAGAUCGACGUCUACCAUUACGACAUCGACAUCAAGCCUGAAAAGCGACCCCGCAGGGUCAACAGAGAGGUGGUGGACACGAUGGUGAGACACUUUAAGAUGCAGAUCUUCGGGGACAGACAGCCUGGGUAUGAUGGCAAGAGGAACAUGUAUACGGCGCAUCCGCUACCCAUCGGCCGGGACCGGGUGGAUCUGGAGGUGACGUUGCCAGGCGAGGGGAAGGAUCAGACCUUCAAGGUGUCUCUGCAGUGGGUGUCGGUGGUGAGUCUGCAGAUGCUCCUGGAAGCUCUGUCCGGUCACCUGAACGAGGUCCCGGAGGACUCUGUUCAGGCUCUGGACGUCAUCACUCGUCACCUGCCCUCCAUGCGGUACACUCCAGUCGGUCGUUCCUUCUUCUCACCACCAGAGGGAUACUAUCACCCGCUGGGAGGAGGGAGGGAGGUUUGGUUCGGUUUCCAUCAGUCGGUCCGUCCAGCGAUGUGGAACAUGAUGCUCAACAUAGAUGUGUCAGCUACAGCCUUCUACCGAGCCCAGCCUGUCAUCGAGUUCAUGUGUGAGGUUCUGGACAUCCAGAACAUCAAUGAGCAGACCAAACCCCUCACAGAUUCACAACGUGUCAAGUUCACCAAGGAGAUCCGAGUACGAUCACAGCGAACACUGGGAUCUGAGUUGGCGCUGCCGCUGACCCAGAGAGAGCAGGUGUCAUAUAUAGGACUGAAAGUGGAGGUCACACACUGCGGCCAGAUGAAGAGGAAGUACCGUGUGUGUAACGUCACGCGCCGCCCUGCCAGCCAUCAGACAUUUCCUUUGCAGCUUGAGAACGGACAAGCUAUGGAGUGCACCGUCGCCCAGUAUUUCAAACAAAAGUACAGCCUGCAGCUCAAAUACCCCCAUCUGCCCUGCCUCCAGGUGGGGCAGGAACAAAAGCACACCUACCUGCCCCUUGAGGUUUGUAACAUCGUGGCGGGACAGCGCUGUAUAAAGAAGCUAACAGAUAACCAGACCUCGACCAUGAUCAAAGCUACGGCCCGCUCCGCCCCAGACAGACAGGAAGAGAUCAGCAGACUGGUCAAAAGCAACAGCAUGGUGGGCGGGCCCGACCCGUACCUGAAAGAGUUUGGUAUCGUGGUGCACAAUGACAUGACCGAGGUGACUGGGCGGGUCCUCCCAGCGCCCAUGCUUCAGUAUGGGGGCCGGGUGAGUACAGACACUGGGAGGGACUGUAGCAGGGGACUCUCUCCUCAGAACAAGACGGUGGCCACACCCAACCAGGGUGUCUGGGACAUGAGAGGAAAGCAGUUUUAUGCGGGUAUUGAGAUCAAGGUGUGGGCCGUCGCCUGCUUCGCCCCGCAGAAACAGUGCAGAGAGGAUCUGCUCAAGAGCUUCACCGACCAGCUGCGCAAGAUCUCCAAGGAUGCUGGGAUGCCGAUUCAAGGCCAGCCCUGCUUCUGCAAGUACGCCCAGGGCGCAGACAGCGUGGAGCCCAUGUUCAAGCAUCUCAAGAUGUCUUACGUGGGACUACAGCUCAUUGUGGUCAUUCUGCCGGGGAAAACGCCCGUCUAUGCGGAGGUGAAGCGUGUGGGAGACACUCUGCUGGGAAUGGCCACUCAGUGCGUGCAGGUGAAAAACGUGGUGAAGACGUCCCCUCAGACGCUGUCCAACCUCUGUCUGAAGAUCAACGCCAAACUAGGGGGCAUCAACAAUGUGCUGGUGCCACAUCAGAGGCCCUCUGUGUUCCAGCAGCCGGUCAUCUUCUUGGGCGCAGAUGUCACUCACCCACCCGCGGGCGACGGGAAGAAGCCGUCCAUUGCGGCGGUGGUGGGGAGCAUGGACGGACACCCCAGCCGCUACUGUGCCACCGUGCGGGUGCAGACUUCACGCCAGGAUCUGUCCCAGGAGCAGCUCUUCAGUCAGGAGGUCAUCCAGGAUCUCACCAACAUGGUGCGAGAGCUCCUCAUUCAGUUCUACAAGUCGACCCGGUUUAAGCCCACGCGCAUCAUCUACUACCGCGGAGGAGUUUCUGAGGGCCAGAUGAAGCAGGUCGCCUGGCCGGAGCUGAUCGCCAUCAGGAAAGCUUGCAUCAGUCUCGAAGAGGAUUACAGACCGGGAAUCACCUACAUCGUAGUGCAGAAACGUCACCACACUCGCCUCUUUUGCUCUGAUAAAGCCGAGAGGGUCGGGAAGAGUGGCAAUGUCCCAGCAGGCACUACAGUGGACAGCACCAUCACACACCCCUCAGAGUUUGACUUCUACCUGUGCAGCCAUGCUGGAAUCCAGGGCACUAGCCGUCCCUCUCACUAUCACGUCUUGUGGGAUGACAACUGUUUCACCGCCGACGAACUGCAGCUCUUGACUUACCAGCUCUGCCACACCUACGUGCGCUGCACCCGCUCCGUCUCCAUCCCAGCACCAGCCUACUACGCCCGGCUCGUGGCGUUCCGUGCCCGUUACCACUUGGUGGACAAAGACCAUGACAGCGCUGAAGGAAGUCACGUAUCAGGACAGAGUAACGGCCGAGACCCUCAGGCCCUGGCGAAGGCGGUCCAGAUUCACUAUGACACCCAGCACACUAUGUACUUCGCCUGACGUCAGCCAGCAGGAGACGCACUUCUACACUCCCUCUUCGAUCUGUCUCUCUCUCUCUUCCUCUUCCUGUUUCUCUAUCGCGUCGUCGUCUGCAGCCAAGCAGUUCUGAACCCAGGGGGCCAUCUGUCAAUCCAGUCGAAAUCGGUCGGCCUCGGAAGAACCAACCUCUACCAGCAGUCCUGCACUGAGAGGCUUCCUGCCUCCAAUGCACAGAGAAAAAAAUCAAUUUGAGCCAUUUUUAACACUUUCUUUUCUUGUUUUGAUUUUGAAUGUUUUUAAUUUGUAAUAUACACUGAGUGUGAGCAAACCUGCGCCAUUGGUCAGGGCAGCUCUGGCUCUCUUAGCUAAGCUGGACUCUGUCUACUUUUACCUCAAGCCGCAAUUGGCUGAAUCUUGUCACAUGUCUUUUGGGGUGGGGCGGGGGCGGGGCUUGCAUGUCCGGGUGGGGGUGGGGGGGGGGGGGUUGACUUGUUUUGUCUCCUUUUUAUGGUCGUAUUUGGACUCUCCUCUCAGUCUUUUACAAACGAGGUGACCUGGGUAUACAUGCCCAUUACCCGCUACCGUUUUGUGCGCUUGUGUGUGUGUGUGUGUGUGUGUGUGUGUGUGUGUGUGUGUGUGUGUGUGUGUGUGUGUGUGUGUGUGUGUGUGUGUGUGUGUGUGUGUGUGUGUGAAUGUGAGUUCAUGUCUCAUGGCAAGCCACUGAAUUGUAAAGGGAAAUCUAGGAGCGAACUGCUGUAAAUGCCUCGUUUUUUUAUAUUAACACACACAUAGAUGUAUAAAAAAAAAAAUAUAUAAAUAUUUACAACUCUAUAAGCAUAUUCCACUUGAUCUAACAGGCUUUCAUAAGCUGAUGGUUUUGUGUAGCAGUAGCAUUACCCAUGGGCAAACGGGGCUUGGUACAGGUGCCAUUCUGCCCGUGGCGAGACCGGAAACGCAUGCGUCUCGUUCGGAUGUUUAUUUUACAGGGUUAAAGGUAUGGCCAUUGCACAGUUACGGACGCGCCGUCUGAUAGGCUAGGCUUGCAACAUACAGCACUCUCCCUUCUUUUAUGCAUUUAUACAUAAGAUUCAAAUCAGAUUUGUAAGAGUUUAAUAUAAAUGUUUUUGUGGUAAACUUUAACAGUUUGUUAGAGUAGAUAAUCGUCGUUCUUGUCGUUUUAAUGUCGAUAUUGAUCAGUUGUCUGCAAAUCGGUCGCGUAACUAAUUAGGAGGCAUUGUGGGUUUUUUAUACGGCUUAAUUUCUUGUGGCAAUGGUAACGAGGGCCCAAAUUGCUUUGGUUUGUCCUUUUUCAUGUUCGAAAUGAUCAGUUUGAGUUUCAACUCCAUACCAAGUUAAUGGAAAGAAAGUGACAAAUCUGAAGUUUUUAGGGAGGAGUUAGCAAUGUUCGGCAGUUAUAUGAAUUUUACACUUAAAGUGUGUUUUAUUACUUCUGUGUGUAUAUGAACUUGAAUCUGAAUGAACUUUCUCUUGCGUAUUAAAGAUAGGACACCGUACAUGAAGACACGCGAGCCUGCGGUUUGAAGGGUCUCCGGCGCGCACGCCUCGUCAGGGGGACGCUCUCCAAAAACCCUUUUGUAAUAAACCAUCCGUAAAGCAGCAGGUUUGCUAUGAAUGAGUUUGAGCACCAGCCUGCCGUUGGCGUGGACGCUGGCCCCGUGAAAGAAGAGGAAAGGGGCAAGGGCAUCACAUGCAAUAAAUUGGAUUUGGGUGUGGAAUGGGUUACUGGCUUCCGGUUCGAAUCGUGCGUGUCCUUUUUAGGCGGUUCGCUAAAUUGUUACAUGACAGUUUCUAUCAUGAUAUCAUUGCAAAGCAAUAUAACCCAAAAUCUAGAACAAUUUAAAAGCUGUAAUCGUCAAUGUGGCUGUUGGUUGGAAUCUUAUUGCCGUUUGUUUAUGUACUUAUUUUGCUUGUAUCAAUCAGUGGGAAUGUGCAUAUGGUGGACUAGCUCUUUAGGCUAUGUGGAAAAAUGUUCAAAUUUAAACUGUGCUCGCCUGCAUGCCAGAGUAUUGUUAUGAAAUAUUUAUUAUGGCGCGGAAUCUUUUUUUUUUUUUUUUUUUUUUUUUUUUUUAAAUGCGUAAAU